AUGGUGUAUAUGAUGGAUAGGAGGAGCAAGGAAGCCCCGAAUCGCAUGAGGUCUCAUGAACACAGGAUCAAAACGAUCCUCAAUCGGUUGCAUGAAGAAUCAGGAAGUAACAAUGGUGCCGAAGAUUCUAAUGUUCAACAAAGAGAACAGUUCGUAAGGUUGCCACAAAUCGAAUUGAAAGACUUCAGUGGGAACCCAAUGGAAUGGUCGCAGUUUUGGUCAUUAUGCGUUUUUGCUUACAUGCAAAUGCUACUCAGCCUGGAACGCACAGGCGAGCCAGUGUGA